CACACGCCGUAGAUGUGCCCUAAUAUCCCGUCGCAGUUUGAGGCGCGCGCGCACACACACACACACACACACACACACACACACACAAACACACACACAAACACACACACGCACGACUGAAGUGCAAAGAAAGCACACACUCCUCAACUCCACCGAUGGGGGGGACAUAGAUACCAGAUGAGAUUUGUUUCCAAACGCGCACCGAUGGCGGUGUGAGGCGUUUGGCUGAGAAGUACGCGCGGCUCUGUGGAUUAGUGAACCUUUUGUGUUUUUUUUUGACGGUUUUCUUCCUCUGAUCCGGACCCUGUUUUAGAGGACAUAAACAAAGCUAUGGAUUACUCAGUCUUCUUACUUUUACUCUUGGCAACCAUUUCAUCUGUGUCGACCGGACAAUUCCCAUCAGAGCAGAUGAUAAAGGAAUGGGUGGACCAGAUGCAAAAAGAGAUGAUCACAUUAACAGACACAGCCAGUGGAAUGGAGGACUUAGUACAGAUAUAUCAGGACCACAGACCUGAAUUCACCGUGGGCUCCAACAAUGCGAGGGAACUGGUGGCAACUGCUGCUGGGAAUAUAGAGAAACUGCUGGCUAACCGCUCCCGAGCCCUAACGCGUCUGGCGUCAGUGGCAGAGAAGCUUCAGACGGAACACGUGUGGAGGGACGACAGCGAGGCUGACAAAUUUGUUUACUACUAUGCCAAAGAGAAGCUUUAUGAAACAGAUGACAUAAAAAGAAGAAAGAAUGCAUACAUCCCAGAUGAUCUAGAGAUCGAUCCUGACUUCAGACGACUCGUCUCUUACAACACAUCGGCCGUUCACAUCCCUACGGAUAUAUACGAAGGCUCUAAUAUUAUUUUGAAUGAGCUAAAUUGGACAGAGGCCUUGGAGGACGUUUUCCGGAAAAACAAAGAGGAAGAUCCGUCGCUUCUCUGGCAGGUGUUCGGCUCUGCGACUGGAUUGGCUCGAUACUUCCCAGCAUCUCCUUGGGUCAAUGCAAACAGUUCAGACGAUAAAAUCGAUCUCUACGAUGUGCGCAGGAGACCAUGGUACAUUCAGGGGGCGGCGUCACCCAAGGACAUGCUGAUCCUGGUGGAUGCGAGUGGCAGCGUUUCCGGUUUUACCCUCAAUCUCAUACGAACGUCGGUCAGAAAGAUGCUGGAGACCCUCUCUGACGACGACUAUGUGAACGUGGUUUAUUUCAAUGACAAGGCCAUGUACGCGUCUUGCUUCGAGAACCUGGUACAGGCCAACACGCGGAACAAGAGGAAGCUCCAAGACGCCGUGCAGACCAUCGCCGCCAAGGGCACCACCAACUACAGAGGCGGCUUCGAGCUGGCCUUCGAGCAGCUCGCACAGAUGAAUGUGUCCAGAGCAAACUGUAACAAGAUCAUCAUGCUCUUCACUGACGGAGGAGAGGAGAGGGCAGAGGAGAUCUUUGAAAAAUACAACCCCACACAAGCGGUGCGCAUCUUCACAUUUUCAGUGGGUCAACACAACUACGACAAAGGACCAAUCCAGUGGAUGGCCUGUAAGAAUAAAGGCUACUAUUACGAGAUCCCAUCCAAAGGAGCCAUCAGGAUCAACACUCAGGAGUACCUGGAUGUUUUGGGCAGACCCAUGGUGAAGGCUGACAAGAAGGCCAAACAGGUUCAGUGGACCAACGUGUACCUGGACGCGCUGGAGCUGGGCCUGGUGAUCACUGGAACCCUACCUGUGUUUAACAAGACCAAGAUAAAGAAAACUCAAAACCAGCUCAUCUUGGGUGUUAUGGCUAUUGAUGUCUCCCUUGAUGAUAUCAAGAGACUGACGCCUCGGUUUACUUUUGGACCCAAUGGCUACUACUUCGCCAUUGAUCCAAAUGGAUAUGUGCUGCUCCAUCCUAAUCUUCAGCCGCUGACUGCUAAGUUUAAUGAACCUGUAACGCUGGACUUCCUGGAUGCAGAGCUGGAGAACGAGAUCAAAGUGGAGAUACGAAGGAGAAUGAUCAACGGUCUGACAGGGAAUUACACCAUUUCUACUUUAGUCAAAUCACAAGACGAGCGCUACAUUGAUUUAGGUCAGAGGACGUACAGCUUUGCACCGGUGAAGGGGACAGAUUACAGCCUGGCCCUGGUGCUUCCAGACUACAGUAUGAAUUACAUCCGGACCACUAUCAGCGACACAAUCACCCAGGCAAAAUUUUCUGAAAGCCUGCUGGUGGACAAAUUCGAUGAAUACGGCUAUACAUAUAUUGCACCAAGGGUGUACUGUAAGGAUCUAAAACCACCUGAUAAGAACUCAAACAACACAGAGUUCCUCAUGGAGUUCAACGAUUAUAUCGACAUAAAGACUCCAAACAACCCCAUGUGUAAUGUGGAACUGGUGAACAGAUUGCUCCUGGAUGCUGGCAUCACAUCAGAACUGGUCAAGAAUUGGAAAGAUAAUGAAUGGCUGCAUGGUGUCCUUGCCAGAUUUGUUGCCACCGAUGGAGGGAUCACACGGGUCUACCCCAAGAGUGCUGGGCUGGAAUGGACAGAAGAAGCAGAGACAUAUGAGUCAAGUUUCUAUAAGCGAAGUUUGGACAACGACGCUUACAUCUUUACACCUUAUGCUAGAAAAGAAAACACAAGUGAAUCCCUUCUGGUGAGCAGAGCAGUAAACCUCAACAUUGACGGUGUCAUACUCAAACCAGCUGUGGUUGGUGUGAAGUUGGACAUUAGUGCCUGGAUGGAGAGCUUCAUUAAUACCACACAGAAGUUGAAUUGCAAUGAUGAGAUCUGUGGCUGUCUUCGAAACGAUAAGAAUGUAGAUUGUGUCAUUCUGGAUGACGGCGGCUUUCUGGUGAUGACCAAUCAAGAGGACGAUAUUGAAAAGAUCGGCAAGUUCUUCGGUGCCAUUGACCCGAUCCUCAUGAGAAACCUUGUUAACUCAUCCCUGUUCACCUAUAAGAAGACCUUCGAUUACCAGUCGCUCUGUGACCCCAAGAGGAAGGGCAAGACGGAUGCAGGCCUGCGAUCCGUCUACGUGCCCACAAUCGCAGAUAUUUUGAGUCUAGGAUGGUGGGCGACAUCUGCAGCCUGGUCAAUACUGCAACAGUUACUGGUCAGCAUCACAUUCCCCAAUUUCCUGGACGCAGCUGAGCUGGAGGAGGAACAGUCAGACGCCUUGUUCAAAGAGGUCUGCAUCACCGAGCAGACUCAGUACUACUUUGAAUCAGCGAGCAUGUCUUUCAGAGGCGAAAUUGACUGCGUGAACUGCAGCAGGAUGUACCAUGCGGAAAAGCUCCCCAAGACGAACCUGGUUUUUAUCAUCGCUGAUAGAAAACUCACCUGCUUGUCCUGUGACAACAAGCCGUUAAUACAGGAGGAGCAGCAGUCUGAUGGUCCUGAUACCUGUGAACUGGCCCAGAAUCCCCGGUACAGGAAAGGGCCUGCGGUCUGUUUUGACAACACUGAACAUGAGGAGGACCCUGAUUGUGGAGGGGCGUCCGGACUGAGCCCCUCACUUUGGCUUAUGGUGGCCCUCCAGCUGGUUCUGCUAUGGGUUUUGUCUGGCUCCAGACACCAGGCCAUCCCAUCUUGACCGCUGAACAUCUCAGUCUCACCAUCUCUCUCAUUUCCUCCGUUAUCUCCAGAAUGGCAACCAGCGUGCCAACCAAAAUGUUGAAUGCCUAAUGAGAAGCGCUUGUUACUAACAAUCAAAAACCUGUGAGCCCUACAUCCUGCCAGUUCAUUCUUUUGAUACCUGCUCUCAUGGGAUUCUCAAAGGGAAUUGACCGGCUGCAAAGGAAAAUUUGGAAAAGAAAUGGAUAUUUGAAGACAUCGGUCUGAAAGAUAAGAAAGAACCAAACCCUGCCUGUCCUUCAUCAUCACUGGUACCUGCCAGCUAAGAGUAGAGGAAUCAAGAGAUUCAUUUGGAAUGGCGACUUCUGAACUUUUCUGGCUCAAUGUCACUGAUGAAAGAGAUAAGGCUGCCUUAUAGAAUAAGAGGGGUUUGAAUCACAUUGGGGGGCCUAUACAUUUACUGAAGAUGCUGAGCAGUUUUUCUUCACCACUGCCAGAACAAGCGCUAUCCUUUGCAAGGGCACACUUUCGUUUGAGUUGAUUUGCCGUGGGUAGAUAUUAGAUAUUUAUUGUUUUGGUUUUUUUUGGGGUUGAGAAUUCCGCUCAGAUUGCUGUAACAGAUGCCAAAUUGUUGCACCACAAGCUCAUGGCCCUUGUGUGCCUCUGUUGGGUGGCUGAUAAAAUUGUGGGUUUUAGUCUACUAUUUAAGAUCACACUACCGAAAAACAUUUUCACAGCGCCUCAGAGGAGUCUCGAGAUGCAUCGUCUUUCUUUUUGGCACAGUGUUCUUUCAAGUAGAUACAGUAUGAAGUCAUGCUCAUUGCUAUUUUAAUGCACAGAAACCAACUCUCCAAUUGCCACAGAGCGCCUGCUUCGAAGAGUACAGUUCUGAAUUUUUUGCUGAUCAUACAACCAUCAGCCAUGAUUGAGCGACUGGUAAACGAUGUGGAUUUUUCUGCCUUUGUGUUGGAUUGCUCCAAUGAAAACUGUGUUGUAAUAGUGCGCAUCAACCAAUCAGGGUGAGCCUGGCUGGUGUCCUAUGCAUGCUCACUGGACAAAAUCUCUAGUGCCAUGUGGACUCUGCUACUCAGAUGAACCUUUUAGCUAUUUAAACUGUCGCUGAGGAGUGGAAAGAAGUUUAGUAUUUGAUUUACUACCUAUUGGUUAUUUAAAUGAAACAUAAGGAUGGUGUGCUACUGUUUUUUUGUUGCCACAGUUACAGGAAAUGAACUGGGUAAUGGGUUGUGAGAAUACUGCUGUCACUGUGUUAAAUCACUUUCAUCUUUACAGUGUAGCUCCUGACUGAAAAACCUUCUAGACCUGUCUAUUAGUGAGGUUCCCUCUUGCAGUACUGUGGUAUCAUACCACCUAUUAGAAAUGACUGCAGUCAGUCUUUGCUUCUCAUCCUAUCUAUCGCAGUACUUAAUUUCAUCGAAUAUAUGUUCAUCUCCUGUGUGUGCCUUCUUUUCCCUAAUCUACAUAUCUAAAACAACCUGACUUGUAUGAAAAUUCAAAGACUAUCUGUAGAUGUUUUUAUUCAAACUGCGUUAUCAUGUUUGCCAGAGUGCACAGCAGUGAAAUCGUUAGUUUUUGGUUCACUUAUCAGUCCAAAAAUAAUCUGGCAAAAUUAAAAAAAAUAGGAACUAUUCCAGGAAAAUAAAGAACUUUGAGAUGAAAUUUUAAUCCAAAUACUGAAGAUACAAUAUAUAGAGAAAGAAGUGAUGUGUUCUUGACGUCUGUAAAUAUUUACAAAAGUAAGGAUUCAAAAAUGAUCAACUAGUUAGGUCAACAACUUAAUAUCAGGCAGAAAACUUGAGUGUUGUGAUUGUUGUAACUAUAGCUGCACUUUCACAGUUUUGUUCAGCACUGCUGUGGAGAGAUAUCCCACUAUUUGAUUUGUAUUUAUGUGUGUCGGUUCUGGGAGAGAAUUGACAAUAACAGGUUAAAAUGAUUCACAUGUAGGUUAUGUGCUGUACCUAAUUGGUUCACUGAAAAGGCAAAAACUGCUUUAUGAUACCAGAUAUGUAAAGAUAAGAUCCUUAGGUUAACAGCCAAUAACAUCAUCAAAAUCACCAAAUUCCCUCUAAAUUCACUGAUCAACAGUUUCUUAUUCAAAUGUUUCCAAUGAAAAACAUCUACAGAGAACAUUACUUUCUUUAACACGCUAACACUUAAAAAAAAACAGGGAAUGCAUCUUUUUAUGUGUGUAUAAUGUUUAAACACUGACACAUGUUUGCAGGAAACUUUCUUUAUGCUGUCGGGAAGUGAAAACCACUUAAGAAAAGCAUCAUAAUCUCUGUGCGUCACAAUACCACUGCCAUUUAUUUCUCACAAUUUUUAGAUAUUUGUUUUUAUGUUUUUGUCCCAUCAUACUGUACUGAAAAAAACUUCGAUUUUAUGAUGUCAAGGGGAUUUAAGGUGCACUUUGUACUCUCAAUGUUUCACACAAUUUUACCAAUCCAACAAAUACAAUUUGCUGAAACUAACAAUGAUGCAUAUGCUCCACAUUUACUAACUCAAGAAUAUUAAGUGCCAUAUAGGACUCUCUUAUUUUCUUGUGGAGAAACCUAUUAUCGUAAUAAUACAUUUAUGCAAUUUAUCAAGGCUCUUAAAUGGCUUUCUUGUGCUGCAUGGAAGUGGCUGACUAUCUGAUUUGAAAAAAAAAAAAAAAAAAAAAAAAAAACUCUCCCUUUGUGCUCCUGCUUUAUUAUGUAAUAUUGGGAAGCAUUACAUUCUGGGUGUCAGGCAUUUUUUCAUGAUGAGAUAUGAUAUGAUCAGCUUUUACUGCCUGUCUCUUGGGGGGACAGCAUUUGGCUCCAGCCUGGUCUCAGUCAGCAGCAGAAGAGAGGGAAUCUGAUUUUCUAGUUUACUGUUCGAAUUCACUCCUCAAUCUGUCUGAUUUGUCCAAGCCAUGUAUGAUUCAAUUAUUUAAGCGACAUACCAGUGAUUUGGCAUGUUUUAAGCUACUUAUUACAAAUCAUAAAUAUUUGACAUGACUGCCAAUAUUUUGGAAAACCAUGCUCCAGUGGUUCAUGCUUAAAGCUAUACCAGCAAUGUGGCUCAAGAAGUCCCAUUGUUGGUGGGUCAGUCAGUCAAAAACAAAGGUUGGGACCGAAAUACCUUUAAACAUUUAGGAAGGAUAAAUGGAAAUUGUCUCAUACUUGCGUGCCACGAGGUUCACAUUUGAAGUUUUGAGCAAAAUGUCUCAAUAGCUAUGAUUUUGCCACAAAACUUGCAUGAGACAUUUAUGUGCCCUUCAGGAUGAAUAGUAAUAUUUUAAGUAAUACAUUGACCUUUCAUUUAGCCUCACUUACUGGUCAAUUUGGUCCAAUGGUUUGGAAUUUAACUAUGCAAGACGUUACCCCAUUCCCCCCAUAUAUAUAUAUAUAUAUAUAUAUAUAUAUAUGUAUGUAUAUAUAUAUAUGGUACAGUAGACUAGCAUUGUUUAUCACAUUUAGCUCAAAGCAGCAGUGUGUCUUAGACUGUCUUAGUACCAAUAGGCACCUAUUAAAUCUUUUCAUUUGCAGACAGUCUAAGAAUAAAAUGGCUGUUUCCAGAAGCUUCUCAUGUAAGUUUGAUUAUUAAAGUUGUACAGAAAUUAAUGGGAAUCAAUGGAUGUCCAAAAAGUAAGAAAACGGAAUCUAGCUUAUCAGCUAAAUCUGGUGCGAUGCAUCGUUGUUGUACAUGGUCCCUAACAAACUAAACAAAUAUCAAAUGUAUUCAGCAGUUUUGGCCAGGAAUUAUUUGUUAAGGAGCUAAAUUUGCAAAAACACUGGUAUGGCCCCGAGGUCACUUUGGGCACUGAGAUAACAAGCAGACAUGAUUUGAGGUCAAAUACGAACCAUCUAAAAUGCUGCUACUUGAUAAUUAAUUCACAGAUAUCAUUGGCGAAUUAAGGUGAGCUCCAUACUUAUCACAAGGCUCCAUUCUACUCCAAAGUGCUAAACUCAGAUGCUGUCACCUCAGGAAUAAUAUACUCUCAAUGUGAUAUGAGGUGUUUUUGAUUAUGUUGGUGCUCUCUGUAUGGAUCUUGUGGGUCGGCGUUUUUAUUUCUGGAAUCUUGAGAAUUGCUUAAUGUGGUUUUUUUUGUGUGUUUUACCUUGCUGCCACUCUUUGGCAGACAUUUGGCGGGUCUGUCAGUCAACCUGGCUCUGCCUUCAAGAUUUUAAGGCAAGUUCUUGAUGGAGGAGUCCACCUAGUUAUCGCUCACCAGACUCCACUUUGGGAGGGUCUUAGUGGGCCUUUCUGUCCGUCUCCUUCGAUUGUGCUUUAGUGAAUUUGAUUCUCCAGAAUCAGUCAUGUAAAAAUUUAUACAAAACUGAUGUUGUUCUCAACAGUAAGAAAAUAGAAUAUUUAUAAUCCUGGAGAGAAAUAAUCAGUUUAUUCAUGUGAAAAUGAGGUAUAUUAAGAAUAAAAAAUGAUGAUUAA